UUUGCACAGGUAGGAGAUGCAAAUGGCGAUCAUCGGUGCUGGGAGAGGCCGGAGGACAUGGACACUCCUCGAACGCUUUACAAGAUAACGCCUACUUCGCCAGGCACCGAAGCCGCUGCGGAGGCCGCCGCUGCGCUUGCGGGCGCUUCCAUUGUGUUCAGCCAUGUGGAUGCCAAUUACUCAACAACCCUUCUUCAACGCUCCAUAUCUCUCUUUCAGUUUGCUGAUGAGUUUCGAGGAUCCUACUCUGCUUCUUGCCCAUUUUACUGUUCCUUUUCUGGGUUCCAGGAUGAGUUGCUUUGGGCAGCUGCUUGGCUAUACAAGGCAACUGGAAAUAACAAUUACUUGAGCUAUGUUGUAACCAAUCAAGGGUGGAGUCAGGCUGCCUCUGAGUUCAGUUGGGACAACAAAUUUGUUGGAGCUCAGACACUCUUAGCAAAGGAAUUCUAUAAAGGAAAGAGGGAAUUGAGCAAGUAUAAGAGCGAUAUAGAAUCGUUCAUCUGUGCAGUGAUGCCCAACAGUGGCUCUUCUCAGAUUCCUACAACGCCUGGUGGGCUUCUUUUCACAAGAGAUAGCACCAAUUUGCAAUAUGCAUCAACCUCUUCCAUGGUGCUUUUCAUGUACUCUAAACUCCUAAACCAAGCCCACAUCGAUGGAGUUCAUUGCAGAUCCAAAUAUUUCUCCUCUUCUCAAAUCAAAAUCUUUGCAAAAUCCCAAGUGGAUUACAUAUUGGGGGAAAACCCCUUGAAGAUGUCAUACAUGGUGGGAUUCGGCAGCAAAUACCCAUUGAAGUUACAUCACAGAGCCUCAUCCAUCCCUUCAAUUAAAGCUCAUCUGUCGAAGGUUGGGUGCAGCCAUGGCUACUCGGAGUACUUCAAUUCAAACAAUCCAAACCCGAAUACACACGUUGGUGCCAUAGUGGGAGGCCCUAAUUCAAACGACCAAUUCAGUGAUAUGAGACCCGACCACACUCAUUCUGAGCCUACUACUUAUAUGAACGCUGCGUUUGUUGGUUCAGUGGCUGCAUUGGUUGCUUAACCCUCUCCUGUUUGAUUGUCAUAC